CUGGCUCCCUCUCUCGGGGCUCCGGAGUGGGCAGGAAGGGAGGGCCCGAGGGAGGGGAGGUGGGCUGGGAGUCCCCGGCUCCAUAUAAGGGCGAGGGCUGGGACGUCGAGGGGAGAGGGACUUGCGCCUGCGACGCCUGACUUUGGCCCGGCGCGCUCGACCAGAGGCGGAGAGACCGACCGCUCCAUUUGCGCACAGACGCGCCAGAACACCUGUGAUUCAGUAACUCAGAAAACACCAUGAAAAACUGGAUUCUCCUGUGCACCUUGCUGUUGAUGGGUGAGACUCUUCCUGCUCGGGUACAUCGUACACGGAGGGAACUAGCACCUGGAUUGCAUGAACAGGGGAUACGGGAUGCAGAAGGCUCAUACUGUGGUCGGCAGGAUGCUUGUUGUCAUGGGAGGGAUGACGCCUGCACCGUCCUCUACUUCGACACCCUUUGCUACUGUGACCUCUUCUGCAACCGAACCAUCUCUGACUGUUGCCCUGAUUUUUGGGAAUACUGUUUGGGCAUUGACCCACCAUAUCCAGUGCAGAAAGGCUGCAUUCGCAAUGGUGUCAAGUUCCAUGCUGGAGCAACUUACCAUGAUAACUGCAACCUCUGUACUUGCAAUGGGCAUGGCAAAUGGGAGUGUGAAAACCAUGUCUGUCUUAUCAAUGGGGACAUGAUCGAUGCCAUCAACAGAGGGAAUUAUGGCUGGAGAGCUUCGAACUACAGCCAGUUCUGGGGGAUGACACUGGAGGAGGGCAUUCGGUACCGUCUUGGCACCAUCAAGCCUCCCACAUCUGUCAUGAAUAUGAAUGAGCUUCAUAUCAACAUGGGCACCAACGAAGUACUCCCGUCCCAUUUCAAUGCUGCCGAAAAGUGGUCUGGGAUGAUCCAUGAGCCUCUUGAUCAAGGCAACUGUGCAGGAUCAUGGGCCUUUUCCACAGCAGCGGUGGCUUCUGACCGGAUCUCGAUCCAUUCCAUGGGACACAUGACACCUGCCUUGUCCCCCCAGAAUCUGCUGUCUUGCAACACUCGCCACCAACAAGGCUGCAAUGGAGGCCGUGUGGAUGGAGCCUGGUGGUUCCUGCGCAGGAGGGGGGUGGUGACCGAUGAAUGCUACCCCUUCACCAGUGAAGAAAAGGAAAGCUCCCUUGCCAGUCCACCUUGCAUGAUGCACACCCGAUCCACUGGCAGGGGAAAGAGACAAGCCACAGCACGCUGCCCCAGCUCACAAACGGACUCCAAUGAGAUCUACCAAUCCACACCUGCAUAUCGUCUCUCCUCAAAUGAGAAGGAGAUCAUGAAGGAGUUAAUGGAAAAUGGACCUGUGCAAGCCAUCAUGGAAGUGCACGAAGACUUCUUUGUGUAUCGAAGUGGGGUUUAUCAGCAUACUCCUGUAGCAGCUGGGAAGCCAGAACCGUACCGACGACAUGGUACCCAUUCUGUCAAAAUUACUGGAUGGGGAGAAGAACGGAAGCCGGAUGGGUCAAAUAGGAAAUAUUGGAUUGCAGCCAACUCCUGGGGAAAGGCAUGGGGUGAACACGGCUACUUCCGCAUUGCCAGAGGGACCAAUGAGUGCGAGAUCGAAUCCUUUGUGGUGGGUGUCUGGGGCCGGGUUGGAAUGGAAGAUAUGCACCACAAGAAAUAAGGAGAUUGGAUCCUUCAGCCUUGCAUUAUGAUAACAGGAAGAACUUAUUUCCUUCUGUUGGACCUAUGUUUUCUUCUCCUCAAAGCAUCUGGUAUCUAGGACAGUCACAGGACAUAACUACUAUGGGUUUGGCCUCCAAAGACAGCAGCCUUUAUCUCUGUUCUGGGGGAAGCCUAGAACCAUCAUAUGGAUUUUGGACUUGGAAAGUCUUUUGGAGAAUCCUUCCUUAGAUGGUGGGGAUAAAAAAACCUGAGAACCUCUGAAAUGACUACCAAAAUGAUACAGUUUCUUGAGAAGGACCAAGAGAAGAUAUCCAAUCUGACAUUCUGUUAUGCAUAGCUCACAUACCAACAACCAAAGGGACCUGAAGAUAUCAGAAGGAAACCUUGCCAGGAUUCCCUACCAAGGAUGGAAAGUUGCAAGUGAUCUGAAGAAACCUGUUGACUGGGAGACCAACCAUCACCUUCUUUUUAAAGCCCUUUCUGUGAUCUACCUUACAGAACCUUCUUGGAAGUGAUGGCAUCUCUGAAUUGACCUUCCCUAGAGGCAACCAUGGUAAAAUAAAGAGUUGUCAUCCUCUUGGGCCUAAUUUUCAAGCAUCUCAGGUAGUACAUCUAUAUAUAAGUGGAUUUUUAGUCCUAGCAAGCAUGUCUGUAGCAAUGGCCACUGACUCCAAAAUGGCGGAUGAACUAGAUGAAAGAAACCCUGCCUCAUUUUAUGUGUCUGCAAUGUGUCCUUUCAAGAACAGCUAUAUAGGCUGAAAUCAACCCAUCUGGAGAGAGGCCGGACUGGGGGAGGCUGGCUUAGCCUCGAUUCUCUGUCAACCUGGAACAAGUUCUUUCCUGCCUAUCCUAUCUUAGAACAUAAAAUCACAGGGCUGGAAGAGACCUCACAGGUCUUCCAAGGCCAUAGUCAAAGUAAUCAAAGUGAAGAAAGUGUUUGAUAUCCUUUAGGCAACACUGGCCUUUCUCCAGCAGUCCUUCUCAGCGAUGUUGGGCUUCCAAGCCCCACAAUUUCUAACAUGGCCAUCUAUGGACAUCAAGGCACAAAUCUCUGGAGGGUACCAGGAUGAGGUCAAGCUGCCUGGUGUGUCUACCACAAUGGAAGGAGGACGUCCUGUGUUUCUCAAGCUUCCUUGUUCAGCCCACCAUGAGGUAUUGCUGCUCCAAAGACAAUGCAAUUCCACCACGGCUUCAGCAGCUGAGUGCUUUGCCAAAGUCCUUCAGUUGACUUUCCAAGCCAAGUUGAAAUCAGCCCCCAGGCCAUCUGUUUUAUGCCCAUCUAAACUGGAAAAUAGGAGGAAAUUCUCCUCCUCCUGUCUCCUCCGCCUCGUUUCAACCCACAUGGAUAUUUUUUUUUAAUUUUCAUGUCCCUGCCGCAUAGCCAAACACCAACUUUUGCCGAGUCCAAUGACUUGGUGCACCAUCCCAGCUCUGACCCACAGUGAAAACUUUUUAUCCUCCUGCCUGAAGCCACUCUCGGUUUAUCCCAGUGCCUUUUUUCCUUUUUCUUUGUCCUUUUCUGGCUUUGGAUGCCCGUCUCUGCACCUUCCGUGCUGGCGUGAGAGUCUGUCGCUGUUAAGCCUUCUUUGGCUUAGUGGCCCUUUGUUGAGAACUUAAGGCUGUUGAAAGGGAAGGCCUUCAGCCAGCUAGGCAGGUUGGUUUUGUCCCAUUCUGCAAGCUUUGCAAGCGCUAGUGUAAACAUCGAGCGGCUGCCAUUUGUGUGAAAGAAGCGGAAAAAAGCGCUUUAAAAGGCGCGUGUUCAUGCAUGACCGAGGCGGGGAGCUUUGGAAGAAGUGCCUGUGCUAGCAGUCCUUCCAUGGAGCCGGAAAACUCUUUUAUGUGAGGAUGAAGGGAGAAAGUGGAGCUUCCUCUCCUAAUACCUGAUCAAAGCAGAGAUUAGGGGAAUCUCGGCCGAGCUGUCCUGCCGGGGAACUGGGAGGGGACUAAUCAAGGUUAGCCUUCAGGCUGCCAUUAGAAGCUGGUCUAAUGGGCUGCUUAGUUGCAUUCAUUUGAAAGAAAAGGAACAUCCCUUGUUUCUUUCAACUUGGUUACUGAAAACACCCAUUUUAUGGAUUGGAACAAUUGGUGGAAAUCCCAAAAGCUGGACUUGUACCAUAGGCUAAGUUUCCAAAGAACAAAAUCAAAUGAAAACCCAUCCAAUGAAGCAUGGUCCAUAAACACAGCUGCUAGAUUUGUAGCAGAUCUGCUAAAGUAUAAUUGUGCAAACCAGGGUAGAAAGCUAGCUUUCCAGGCUGGGCUUGAAUCUGUCCUGUUCUCAGUGAGCGGCGUUUUUAUGACUAUUAAACAUAAAUAAAUCAUUAUUUGGUCUAAUUGGCCUUCAUUUGGCAAUCCAGGCCAAACAAAGAUGAAUUUCCUUCAGGUGAAUUGAAACAGAGCUGUAGAUAUGCAACCAUCAUCCACAGGCAUCUGUUAAUUCCAAUUUUACAGCUACUCAGUUUGGCAAGGAGGACCUCCAUGCCAGCCUAUCUGUCUAUUCUAUCCCUUGCUUAGCCUUAGGCCCUAUGCUAUAGAAGUUAAAGUUCAGAUGUGUAUCCAAAGGGGAAAACCUCCUUUCAGUUGAGCUCUGUUCAUCUGACACUGUGCAUGUGCAUCUAUACAUGUGCAGUUUCCUUGGCUACAUUAUGGAAAUAGUUGACAAUUGAUUUUUUUCAGAUUUCUUUUCAACUUCCCAGUCUAGGUCUACAACCCUGGGAUGUUUUAGAAGUCUACCGUCUCCCAGGACCAAUCUCACCUAAUUCUGAAUCUUCCUGUUACCUAAUCAAAGUUGGCACUUGAGUGAAUAAGCAAAAUGCCAACAAAAUCCCCCUCUCCCAAAUUCCCCAGGUGAGAAAUGUCAUUUCAAAAAGAAAAAAAAAGUAUUUUCUCUUAUUAGGUAAAAAUCUUUAUUCCUGGAAAAGAAAAAUACUGCUAUUUUAACUAAGCACGAAACAUCUUCAGUUCAAUUUCAGUAUUUAUUAUUUUGCUUUUGUUUAUUUGUGACAUGAAUAAAGUGCAUCGAAGAUGCUGGCAGGAAUUGUGUGUGAUUAGUUUAUCAGCCCUGUCCUAGAUUCCCAGCCAAGUUUUAUCUAGGUCCCUUCCUGUAUUAAAUGUGAUGAUUAGUCUAAAUAUUUUAAAGCUUAUAGAACUGGUUAUUUGUAGAGAGUUUUUUUUCUUUUCUCCAUGAAGAACUACUGAAUUUCCACAAAGCGAUUGAAGCCUGAAAAUGUAAUGGAUAUAGAUUAACAUUAGGUAACAGAAAUAUUAAAAGAGAGAAAGGGAAGGAGAUAAUAAAGAUAGGAUAGAUAGAGAUAGAUAAAUAGAUUAGAUAGAAAGAAAUAUAGAGAUGAUAAUGAGAGAAUGAUAGAGAUGAUAUAUAGCAAGAAAAUGAAAAAGCUAAAUAAAAUGAUAGAUAAAUAGAUAAAAACAGAGAGAGAAUAAGGUGACAGAUGAAUAGAGAUAGAUGAUAGAUAAGAGAGAGGGAGAAGGGGGGGAAUAGGGCGUGGCUUAUGCAUGGAUACAGUGAAAGAUAAAGCCCCUAUGAAGGUGGCUGGUUCCUGGCGAAAUACCUGUAUAGCUUUCUUGAUAAUUCAGAUCUGCUUUGCCCUGGUCUCCUUUUAGGAUGCUUUUCAAAUUUCAUUGCUGGUCUCCCUACUUGGAGCUUAGGCCACUUUGACUUACUGCUGCCACCUGCUGUAAAUAAAUGAAAAAAAAAAGGAUGAAGGAAGUGAAAGUGGGAGACUUAGGGAGAGUUUUUCCGUAGGAAAAUUGGCGUUUUGUUGAUACUUCGCUUGUUCCCCAGGAGCACGAUCCAUUUGUUAUGAGGAUACCAACUUUCUAGUUUUCCCGUCGCGUCAGGACUCCUUAUGGCAAACCGCCGCGGAAUGCAAGGGUACAUUUUCUUUGGCUGGAAAGGGAAAGAAAGCCUGAAAAUCCAGAUGUGUCUGGCUUUUUUUUAUCCAGAUUGAAAUUGUUUGGGUUGCCC